CUAAUUUGGACUCCCAUGGACAUCAACGACCUCCAUCCCCCGGACGACUACAGCCAUCGUUUCUUCAUCUGGCACGAAUGGAUACAGGCUAAUGGCCCCCUUACCAGCGAGAAUGUCUUUGAAUAUUUCACCACGUCCAUGUUUUACGACAAACAGAGCAACAAUCAGGUCCUGCGCAUGCAGACGAUGCAUACUGGCGCGACUACUAUGAACGAGGCGGAGGAGCUCAAGCGGUUCACUGGUGUCGAGUUCGCGGUCGUUCAUGCCCAGCCGCCAUCGUUUUUCAUCAUACAGAAGCGCGAAAGGCAUUCACCUGAAGAAGUGACACCGCUGUCGGCGUAUUUUAUCAUCAACAACCGAAUCUAUCAGUCGCCUGACCUCUACACUGUAUUGUCGAACCGAUUGCUGACCUCUUUAACCUCGUUACAAGCAUCUCUGGACAUUCUCCGUUCCCACCGUCCGGACUAUACACCCCGGACAGGCUUUGUCUGGCCAAUCAUGGAUCCGUCGCUCGACGAGACAGCCAAGAAACCUACUGCGGAUGACCUCACAGGUGCUGCGAAUACGCCAAUGCCUGACGACAACACCAACCCAGCAGAUGGGAACGGAAAGCGGCAGCAAAAUACUAUGCUUCUCUUCAACGCGAUGCGGGCAACUGCUCUUCAUUCCAGCUCGGCGGUCUCCUCGAGUGCCUUUGCACAAAUGGCCAAUAGCACUGUGCCUCCAACAGAUGUUCAGGUCCAUGCUCAGGUGCAGACGCCGGCCGCUGGUACCCAAGUCUCGACAGUUCCUUCUCAGGCAUCUACACCUGCUCCACCUCCUCAGGAACCCCCUGGAAGAGGCCCACCUGGUGGAGGAAAGAAAAAGCGGAAACGAACAUUGUUGCCUGUUCCCGCGGGAAAAAGCUAGACCGGAUCUUUUAUCUUUACUGUGUAUACAUUCCACAUAAUAUACAAGCGAUGUUGGUAGCACUUCCGAAAUGAUGUACUUACGGUCUGACAGUUUAUCGUCAUCGGACGCCCGUUCCAGUCAG